AGACGACUCUCCAGCAGCGCUGCCGCUGCAAAACAUAUUGCCAAAAUGAUGACAAAUAUGCUCAACAAGCUGCACGGUCAGCCCGAAAGCUACGAUAGAAAAUCUCGAUACCGCUUUGGAAAGACACUGGGUGCCGGCACUUAUGGUAUCGUGCGGGAAGCCGAUUGCCCUGAGGGCAAGGUCGCUGUCAAGAUUAUCUUGAAGAAGAACGUGCGAGGCAACGAGCAGAUGGUCUACGACGAACUGGAGAUGCUUCAGCGCAUGCAGCACCCCCACAUUGUCAAGUUCCACGACUGGUUCGAGUCGCGGGACAAGUAUUACAUCGUAACACAGCUGGCAACCGGCGGCGAGCUCUUCGAUCGUAUCUGCGACAAGGGCAAAUUCACAGAAAAGGAUGCCGCUGAGACUAUCCGUCAAGUUCUUACUGCCGUCGACUAUCUUCACCACAACAAUGUUGUCCACAGAGAUCUCAAGCCAGAGAAUCUUCUCUAUUUGUCCUCGGAUCCCGAUUCGUCACUCGUGCUCGCAGAUUUCGGUAUCGCCAAGAUGCUCGACUCCAAAAAUGAGGUUCUGACCACCAUGGCUGGUUCCUUCGGUUAUGCCGCUCCAGAAGUCAUGCUGAAGAAAGGCCACGGAAAGCCCGUCGACAUGUGGUCCAUGGGAGUCAUUACCUACACCCUUCUUUGCGGAUACUCUCCUUUCCGUUCCGAAAAUUUGUCCGACCUGAUUGAGGAGUGCAAGAACGGCCGUGUAGUUUUCCACGAGCGAUACUGGAAGGAUGUCAGCAAAGACGCCAAAGAAUUCAUCACCUUGCUGCUGCAGCCAGACCCUGUAAAGCGACCUACCAGCGAGGAUGCUCUUAGGCAUAUUUGGCUAAGUGGAAAGACUGCCUCCGACCACAACUUGCUGCCAGAGAUCCGCGCCUACGUUGCCAAGGCACGACUCAAGCGUGGAAUCGAGCUCGUCAAGCUGGCAAACCGUAUCGAAGCCCUCAAGAUGCAAGAAGACGAGGAAGGCGAGGCCCCCGGAGAUUCCGACGUGCCCGCCAACGCCCGCGAGGCGGCAGGUGAGGCCGUUGCAAGCCACUCUGACACGAAAUCUUUGGAACCCCCCUCAUCGAAAGGACCUGGCCGGUUGAGCAGAAUCGCCAAGGGCGCUAUAUUCCGCGAAGUUGUGCUGGCGAAGGUCCGAGAGAUGAAGGAGCAAGAGGCUCAAAAGGAAUUCGAAAAGAGUGCUACUGAAGCAGCCAAGAAAGCUUAGGAUAUUGGCGGUUUGCCAUUGCGAAUUGUUCUCGUGAUUAGUAUAUAUAGUUUGCAGUGUUAGUCGUGCGAGGUUUCCAUUUGCAAUACCCUGCGAUUUCAGUCAGGGUAUGUUUUCUAGGUCACAAACUACACUGAUGCACCACGUUGUAUCCCUACUAGACCCUAUGUUGUGACGCUUCCUGGAGCUUUCAUGAACAGGUGAACCGUUCUUGUGUGUACAUUACUGACUUGACGUGUCGUGCAACGAGGCAUCAAUUUUUUUUACAUACAAGCAGAAUCGUUUU